AUGGUUUGCAAGCUCCACAAAUCUCUUUAUGGACUCAAGCAAGCUUCUAGGCAAUGGCACUCAAAAUUUUCAGAAUCCCUUAUUUCUAUUGGAUUUCAACAUUCGAAGUCUGAUUACUCCCUUUUUACUCGAAACACUAAAGAAGGAUUCAUAGCAUUACUUGUCUAUGUUGAUGAUAUCAUCAUAGGCAGUUCCAACAUCAAAGCCAUCAACCAAGUCAAAGCAUAUCUGCACUCUCAAUUCAGAAUCAAAGACCUUGGAACCCUCAAAUUUUUCUUGGGCAUAGAAAUUGCAAGGUCCACUGCUGGAGUUCAUUUAUGUCAGAGAAAAUACAGCCUAGAAAUCUUGGAUUCUGCAGGUCUCCUCGGGUGCAAACCUGCGAAUACACCUAUUGAGUUGAACCACAAACUCUCACACUCACCCUCAGACUUAUUGAAAGAUCCUACAAGCUACAGAAUGCUCAUAGGGAGACUGAUUUACCUCACCAUAACAAGGCCUGACAUCAGUUAUGCAGUAAGCAUAUUGAGCCAAUUUAUGGACAGACUAAGUGAAAUUCAUAUGCAAGCUGCACAUCGAGUUUUAAGGUAUGUAAAAGGAUCUAUAGGUCAAGGUAUUCUCCUCCCUUCCCAAUCUGAUCUCCACAUCAAGGCAUAUAGCGAUUCAGACUGGGCUGCUUGCCCAGAAACAAGGAAAUCCGUGACUGGAUUUUGUGUUUUUCUUGGAAACUCAUUGGUCAGCUGGAAAUCAAAGAAACAGGCCACCAUAUCACGCUCCUCUGCAGAGGCAGAGUAUCGAGCCUUGGCUCAAACAAGUUGUGAAUUGAUUUGGGUGAUUUCUUUGUUAAAAGAUUUUGGUAUCACACACACCAAACCUGCCAUCCUUUACUGUGAUAAUCAGUCAGCUUUGCACAUUACAAAAAAUCUUGUUUUCCAUGAAAGAACCAAGCACAUUGAGUUAGAUUGCCAUUUUGUUAGAGAAAAGGUGUUAGCCAAGGUCAUUCACCCCGUGCAUAUUUCCUCAAAGUUCCAGCUUGCUGACAUUUUUACUAAGGCAUUAGGAAGUGCACCAUUCAAAUUUUUACUGUCCAAGAUGGGCAUUUUAAACAUCUAUGCCCAUCUUGAGGGGGAGUCUCAAAGUUGA